AUGGCCUCCACUGCUGCUACCGUUCCCACCCAGGACCAGGUCCUCGUCCCCGAGACCCUCCUCAAGAAGCGCAAGAGCCAGGAGCAGGCUCGCGCUGUCCGCCGUGAGGAGCUCGAGAAGAAGAAGCAGGCCAACAAGGAGAAGCGCUCUACUAUCUUCAAGCGUGCCGAGUCCUACGUCAAGGAGUACCGCGAUGAUGAGCGUGAGAAGAUCCGCCUCGGUCGUGUCGCCCGUCAGCAGGGCAACUUCUACGUCCCUGACGAGCCCAAGCUUGUCUUCGUUAUGCGUAUCAAGGGUAUCAACAAGAUCGCUCCUCAGCCCCGCAAGAUCUUGCAGCUCCUCCGUCUGAUCCAGAUCAACAACGGUGUCUUCAUCCGUCUCACCAAGGCCACCCAGGAGAUGUUGACCAUCGUCAACCCCUACAUCGCCUACGGUUACCCCAACCUCAAGUCCGUCCGUGACCUUGUCUACAAGCGCGGUUACGGUAAGGUCAACGCCCAGCGUGUUCCUCUCACCGACAACCAGAUCAUCGAGGAGCAGCUCGGCAAGUACGGCAUUGUCUGCAUGGAGGACCUGAUCCACGAGAUCUACACCGUCGGCCCCAACUUCAAGCAGGCCAACAACUUCCUCUGGCCCUUCAAGCUCUCCAACCCCACUGGUGGCUUCCACCCCCGCAAGGUCAAGCACUUCAUCCAGGGUGGUGACACUGGUAACCGUGAGGACUACAUCAACGCUCUCAUCCGCCAGAUGAACUAGAUUCGCUCUGGGGCGAGGGUUUCUUUUCU